GUUCUCAGAAACGUUCUGCAGAGGAGAAGGAAACUGAAACUCGCCCCAGCACAAACAGGGAGCCCCACGCCCAUCCUUCCUUGGCCCCCACCCCAGUGGCCCAGAGAAGGCAGCCAGGGCGAGACUUUGUCCUGCCGCACAGGGAACAUGCCUCCAGAUGGGUGAGGGCCUCUGGACUCCGUGCCAUGAAUCGCUUUCGUUCGCCGGGGACAUGCUGGUGUGGAAACCGUGAGGCAAACGUAUUUGCUGACCGGCGCGCUGCAGGUGCUGCCUCGGGCAGGAAGCCUCGCCGUGGCCGUCGGGGCCGUGAUGCCGUGACCCACAGAGACGGUCGUGGCUGGACAGAUGCGGAGACCGAGUGCAGCCAGGAGGCUCCAGGUGGAGCCCACUUUGCGGGUCUCAUCAAUCAAGGCCUCACCUGCUACCUCAACGCCCUCCUGCAGUGUCUCUUUCUGACACCUGAAUUCCGAGACAGGAUCCAGGAGAAGCCUUGGACCUCCGAGCCCGAGCAGGCUCUUGGCCAGAUCUUCAGGGGGCUGCAGAGGCGGUGUGGACCUGUGCCAACGAGUGCCCUCACCACCUGCCUGGGUCUGCACAGCUCCGUCCAGCAGGACGUGGCUGAGGUGUUUCUGCUUCUGCUCCAGCACCUGGGCCGGGAUGAAUUGCAGGAGGUGUUCCAGAGUGAGGUGGAGAAAAUCAUCCAGUGCUUGGUGUGCGGCCACAAGGAGCACAUCCCAUCCGGAGGCAGGAUGCUGAUCCUGCCCCUGGCUUCCCACACCCAGCUCUGUGGCUUGGAGGGGGCUGGGCAGAAACCUGGCAAGCCAGCCAAUCCGUCUAGUGGAGUUUCCCAGGACACAGAGGUGCUGAGUUUCUCUCUAAUCCAGAAAUUUGAUGAUGAAGACAAUCGUUUCUUCUGUGAGCCCUGUAAUGCCAAGACCCCCGCCUCUGAGGAGACACGCUUCCUGCAGCUCCCGAAGAUCCUGAUUCUGCAAGUCAGGGAGCUGACAUUUGAAAACGGGAGGUUUCACAAAAUUCAGAAGCCUAUCAACAUUGCCCAGGUGCUGAAACUGCACACCAGCCCCAGAGAACUGACGUUGCCUAAGUGUAAAGCUUCCCGCAGUGGCACACUCACCCCCAACCCGGAGCAGAGGGUCUACCACCUCUACGCCAUGUGCUGCCACUCGGGAGACUGCAGCGGGGGCCACUACACAGCCCUGGCCCAGCCCCCCGGCAGGGCGGAGUGGUUCCGCUUCAAUGACCAGCAGGUGCACUGUGUGGGGCCGGAAUUCCCUCUGCACCACACGUUCAGGUCUGAGACCCCGUACCUACUGCUGUAUCGCUGUCAGGACACUGAAGACAGACCUGCUCAGGGACGCUGCAGAGGUGCCCGGGGAGGGCAGAUCACGCAGGAGCCAGAGGCACCCGAGCCUGACAAUGGGGAUAUGAGAACCAUGACAGAUGUAGCUGCUCCAAAGGAGAAGGUGCCUUGUCCAGGAGUGGAGGGAGAGACCCUCAAGACAGACUCUGCCACAGUCUGCUGGGGAGGACACAGCCAGAGCCUCUCUCCUCUCCAGGACGACAAACCCAUCUGCCACAGACAGAGUCCUGCCAAGAAGUACAGGAGGGACAUGGAGCCUGGCCUUGGGGACAGAGGCAGAGCCUCAGAGCACGUGGAUGAGGAGGGCCCUAAAGCACCUCCACCAGGGGAGCAGGGGGAGGCCCGAGGCCUGCCCUGCGGCCCCCAGUGUAGCCCCGAAGAGGAACUCCCUGCCAUGGGAAUGAGGAGCUCGGUAGCUGAAGACCAAGCCCUGUCCCACCCUGUGCAGGGCCCGGCACAGCCUAGAAAGACACCGUCCUGCUUUGGUGAAGCAGCUGCCACCUACGUCUCCAGCCCGAGCCUGACCUCGCUUCCUGGCCCCCACCACUGGCUCACCCCCAGCCCUAGCCACUUCCCCAGGUCUGUCUCCAGCACCCACUACCCUGCCAGCCUGGACGUUGCCUUCGGGGACCCUUGCAGCCCCCAGGGCGGAAGGCUUCCUAUCCUGAAGCUGUCUAGGGCCAGUCCCAGGCCAGACUCCCACCCAGGGAGCUCCAGCCCAGCAGAACUAGAGGCGGAACAAGGGGUGCUUGGUGGGGAGGCUGGGCAGAGCAGGGUGGGGUCCCCAGGGCUCUCCUCUCACGCACUGUCCGCUGUUCACAUGAGGAUGGAACCUACCUUCUCCAAGCAACUGCAGACAGACAGUGGACAUGAGGACAGGAAGAUCUCUGCAGACCAGGAGAAUAGUCAGGAUGAGGGCUGGACCAUGAGGAGGGACAGGUCAGCCUCAGAAGGCUCUGAACUCCAGGGCACAGGGUGGCCCUGAUAACCCUGCCCAGAGACACACUGGGACGGGGCAGAACCCCGCACCCGGACAGAGGAGCACUGGCGCUACCAUCCAACCCACUCCAGGUUCAGGUGGGCACUCAGGAAGGCGCGGAGCCCCAUUUCCUGCAUGACUCCACCCGGGUUGACAGUGGAGGGACUUUCCACGUGCUGAAGGCAGACCCCAGGGUCUCGGGCCACUGUCCUGAGCAUCGCCCCUCAUGGGUGCCAUGCUGGUGGCUGCUUCCACUCUACUCUGGCCUCCGGGGCAGCUUGUCCCCCUCAGAGCUGUGACCCCAAAGUGAGCCCAAGAGCUUCCCCUCGGUAACUGACCUGGGCCUGCACGGGGGAUGGAAACAGGUGGCCUAGCAUGGGGCAUCUCCACUCUACAACUCCUCACAUAUAGGUGCCCCGGGAGCAAACACCUGUGCAGGAGUGAACAAAAGACACAGCAAAUCUGCUCCUCGCCCUCUCUGGGAAGCAGAGGGUCUUCCCUGUCCCACCCACUCAAGGGAUCCGCUGCUAAACGUUCAAAGAUGUGGAAGGCCAGUCAUUAAACACAGCCACUGCGAACAAAUCACAGAAAUUUGUACUUAAAUAAAUCUUAAUAAAAUAGGUACUUAAUAAAAUAGGUACUUCAAUACCUAUUAAGGUAAUAAUUACCUAAACUCAAGACUUCCUAAUUGUUUUUUACAACUAUUUUUGGGGGUCGCUUACGUCUGUUGUCGCUGUAUGGUAGAAAUGCUACGGGCAGGCACUGCCCCCCUCUCCCCGCCCCGGUGGCACAGGUGAGGCCCCUGGGCAGCUGGAAACCCACAGGUGCUGCAGACCAGGCCGUGACCUUCUGCUCUGUGAUCGUCUCUGUGUGGAUUGUGACUUCAGGAAGGGAGGCAGCUCGUGCCUGAGGUUCCCAGUGAAGCCAGCAACGCCUCUGCUGGGGCAGCUCAUGACUGAGGUUCCCAGUGGCCGUCUGAUUUUGUCAGGACCUGGGUCACUCGAAACCACAGGUUGGCCGAGGGCACAAGAGUUUGGCAAAAACCAACUGAAGCAUCCUAAGAGGAUCGAUGGCCACAUGGAAUUUCGCAUAAGGGCGUUGCACGUAUUGUUAUUUUCUGUAACUUGUGUGCUACACACUCUUUGUAUACAGUCAUCCCUCGGAUCCACAGGACACUUGUUCCAGGACCCCCUGAGGACACCAAAACCCACAGGUGCUCAGGUUCUUCCUAUGAAAUGGUGUUGCGUUUGCAUAUGACCUAAGCGCGCCCUCUGCUUUAAAUCCCCCGGAUUACUUAUCAUGCCCGAUACAAUGUAAAUGCUCCA